UUCUGUCCGCGAUACGAUUCGGCGCGACCGUGUCGUCUCCUACUCUGGACCGCCACCGGUUGCAGCAAGUCGACACGCGCCGGUGUAAGAAAAACCAACCCCCUCCCGAGAAAACCGUCAUUAAUGAAAUAGACUCGGACAGUGACACUGUGCUCCGAAAUUGUUUAGAUGAUUCACGAAUGUAUUGACAAAUAAAUUGAGGACAGAAAAUAAGUUCCACGAGAUAUUUAUCUGAUCGGUCGUUGAUUCGCGGACACGAUGUGGUGAAUGAAUCAUUUGAAUCGGUGACUUAGAUCUUAGAUUCGCGAGGAGGAAUUUUUCAAAGACGCAGAGGGUAGAUUUUAUUUUAGACGACUCGCGGAAUAUAAAAGCAGUGCGAGAGAAUUUUCACGAAUAUUUUCUAUGACAUUUAAAUAAUACAAUAAGCAGUGAUACGUUGCAGCGAACUCUCUGUUAUCGCACUGGAGCCGCGCCAGAAAGAAAUACACGGUUGCACCAUCGUUUCAGGUUCCGCGGUCGCACCGCAUGGUCACCGCAAUCCGGUCGUGGUUAAAUUUAGAGACUACCAUCAGAGAAAAUUGACGGUUCCCAGAUUGAGCUAUCGACUAUAAUCAACAAACGCCGAGGGUGUCAGGUGCGUCGACAGGGCGGGCCAUCUCGCCUCGAUCGUGGAAUGAUCGACGUGAUAUCGAUCGUGCGCGAGUGCUACUGUUGCUCGACGAUCGAGCCGGCUCGAUGCGCGGCUAAAGAAAUCGCGACCGGCGAGAGGCAUCGAGUGGUGAUCGAUCAAGGUGUUAUCGCGCGCAAGCCGCAGCCACGUGGUCACAUAAGGAUGUAAGGUGCCUGUGAACAGUGCUGCGGAGAGACCGAAAUGACACACGAUAAAAGGCUGCUGCUGCUGCUGGGCCUGAUGGCCUACGGCCUCCUCGUGGCCGAAUGCCGACAUCAUCAGCGCGAUGACGCGACGAUGACAGCGACAGAGGCGAGACAUCGACAUAGACACAGGCACGAAUCUUCCAAUAGAAGGAAUUAUCACGAGCUCGACAGGAGCUCCUGGCAGAAAGACUUCGAAUACGACGGAGACUCCGAGGACGCGAUGGAGGAAGACGACUACGAGAUGCAAUCGUAUCACGAUCACCCGAGAACGCAUCAUCGAUCCACGCACAGGAGUUAUCACGGCCGAAUGUUUGAGCCGCGUUAUCCACCCAGGUACCACCCUGGACAUUACGGAACCUGGUACGACGAGGACAGCGACAGGCGUAGAAUCCCGUCGCGAUAUAAUACGAAGAAUCAUCGGUACAAGCUCGGCAGGAGCUACCAUAGAAUUCCGUAUUCGCGCAAUCGCGAUACGUCAGAGGAUGUUUCGGAAGAGGAUUACGAUUACGAGAGGCCGCACAGAUACAUCGAAAGCGACGAAACCGAUCACGAGUGGUGGAGAAACUCCAGGCGACGCACCCCCUUCAGGAAAGACACGAUGAAUAGAAUAAACAGUUAUCGUGGCUCGAGAAAGCAUCACUUGGCGGAUCGCGGAGGCGAUAUUAGUCGUAUCGAAGGAUCGAGAUGGGCGGAUGAUCGGAGAAAAAAAUCGAAUAUCUCGGAUUUAUUUCAUUUCCCGAAAGUCGAUAAAAAGAUAGAAGAGGAUGAAGAUUACGAGGAUCAUGGUGGACUCGAGGAGGACGAUAAAGAUGAAGACGAGAAUGAUCUUUGGAAAAUCGAUGACGAGGAGAACGAAGAUAACGAAGAAGAGGAAUUUGACAGUGAUUUUUACGAGGACAAGAGCAAAUCACCCUUGAAGACCUAUGAGGACAUCAUCAGGAGACUUACGUCCGAUGACCGGACCACUCCAAAGACCACCGUUAAGAGGGAUUACCGGAACAUCGACUCGAAUAAGCACGCGAAACACGACGGCUUCAAGAAUUUCAACGAAGCGAGAAACGUCUCGAGAUCGGUGAACCACUCCAAAUUCACCAACACAUCUCGUACCGCCAAAUCCGUCGGUUCGACCGGACAUAAGCUCUCGAAGAACGCGACCGACGUGACAAUCAGGGGCAACGAUCGGCAGGCAAGAAAGAUCGCGUUCGAUACCAAGACCGCGUUCGAUACGAAGAUUAAGAGCCUCGAACAGGAUUACGACGAGUAUCUGAACGCGAAUGAUAAUGAGAAGGAGGGCGACCUCGCCAAAACUGGCGCCGAGGACGAUUCGAUGCAGGCGGAUGUGACAACUAACGAUUACACGGAUGACGGCAACAACGACGAGGACGAGAUUCCAGUGGAUACCCUCGCCACGUCGACGACUACCACGAGCACGACCAGGACCACGACGACGACGACGACGACGCCGAAACCGUCGAUCCAUCACCACUACGAUUAUAGGUAUCGGAGGGGCUAUAAUGGCAGCACCGAGGCUCAGUAUAACGGAUAUCAAGGGAAAGACGACUAUCCAGAGAUGUCUGCGUAUAGCCGUCUGAAGUGGGAGUUGCUAAGCACUCGCGACCGUGUCAAAGAGACCAGGAGUAUCAUGCAGUCGCACAAAAUUUCACAGGCUCUAGGUGCAGAAGCAAAUAGAAGCGCUAUUCAAAACAUGAUACAAGUCCACAAGGAAGGCAACUGUCAAUGGCCACGUGCGCGACUGAUUCCGGUACGUGAGGUUUAUCCGAAUCCAUCAACCACCUACCAUCCGCACUGUGUUAUAUUGCACAGGUGCUCGGACGACACCGGAUGUUGCACAUCGGAAGCACUCACCUGCGUGCCGAAGCACUCUCAUCCCGUCGAGCUUUUUUUCUACGUAAGUCUAGCAUUUUUUCGAUUUUUUUAUCACACGAUUUAUUCGUUUCUAUUUCCACAAUUUUUAUACGUAUCCAAAGUAAUAAAAUGA